CUUUGCAGUUUGAAUGGGCCUGGCAGCACCCCAACUGUAUCGGAGGUGGUUAGGCAGGCUGCUGCAAGCUUUAAAUAACUGGGAGAGCUUGUCAGUAAGAUCAAACUUGCAUACACCAUGCUCACUCUCCCUCCUUGGCAGAGCUUGAACAUCACUGUAAACUUCUUUUCAACCCAGUACACCAAACAUUCUGCUGGUUGUCCACCCCUUCCGGAGCAGAUGAAGGUCAAAGUCUGCUCCAUGGAUGAGCUUGCUUCCUGUACUAAACUAUCUGAUGACCUUUUGGAAAAUGAAGAUGAGUGGCGUCAUGAAAGGGAAUGUGAUGAAGAUAUGAAUUCCAGUACACUACCCGAAGAAACAUUAUUGGACUUCAGGACUCAUAAUUCAGCAGCUGAUCAGCAGAGUGAUAGUGGCAUUAGAAUGAAUGAAAUAUAUGGAUGCAGUAAAGAAUUAGGAGAAGAUGAGUGGUAUAAUGGAAAAGAAUGUGAUGAAGCUAUGAAAGAUGGUACAUGACAGGAAGAAACAUUAUCAGAUCUUAUAAUUCCAAGGUCAGCAGAUGAUCAGCAGGAUGAUACUGGCAA